AGCUUCUUUGAAUUCCGGAGGCGGCAUUCGGUAGUCAGAGGCCUGUGCGGGUACAGGUAGAGUGUCAGGAACCUAGGAAAUAACUCGGAACCUGUAACGUCCCACUGGUUUGGACAUACUCCUCUCCUGAUCUGGCCUCAUCUGUUCCAGGGAGGUGGGACUGAAACAUAUGCAGUAAUGUCACCUCAAAAGAGAGUUAAGAACGUCAAGGCACAAAACAGGACUUCACAAGAUAGUAAUAGUUUUCAGACCACGCUUUCAGCCUGGAAAGUAAAACAGGGUCCAAGCAACUCAAAGAACAUCUCAAAACAUGGACAAAACAAUCCAGUGGGAGAUUAUGAACAUGCUGAUGAUCAAGCUGAAGAUGCUUUGCAAAUGGCAGUGGGAUAUUUUGAGAAAGGUCCCAUUAAAACUUCACAGAAUAAAGAUAAAACCUUGGAAAAACACUUGAAAACUGUGGAAAAUGUGGCUUGGAAGAAUGGGUUAGCUUCAGAAGAAAUUGACAUUCUAUUAAAUAUUGCACUCAGUGGCAAAUUUGGAAAUGCUGUAAACACACGGAUAUUGAAGUGCAUGAUCCCAGCAACAGUAAUAUCACAAGAUUCUGUGGUUAAGGCAGUCUCCUGGCUUUGUGUUGACAAGUGUUCUGGUAGCACCAAGGUGCUUUUUUAUCGUUGGCUGGUUGCAAUGUUUGACUUCAUUGAUCGUAAGGAGCAAAUUAACUUGCUCUAUGGCUUCUUUUUUGCUUCAUUGCAAGAUGAUGCACUGUGCCCUUAUGUUUGCCAUUUGUUAUAUUUACUUACCAAAAAAGAGAAUGUCAAACCAUUUCGUGUGAGAAAACUGCUUGAUCUUCAGGCCAAAAUGGGAAUGCAGCCUCAUCUCCAGGCUUUGUUGUCGCUGUAUAAGUUCUUUGCUCCUGCUCUGAUUUCUGUAUCUUUGCCUGUAAGGAAGAAGAUAUAUUUUAAGAAUUCAGAGAACCUGUGGAAGAUGGCUCUGCUUGCCGUGAAGCAAAGAAACCGGGGACCUUCUCCAGAACCUCUGAAGUUGAUGUUAGGUCCAGCUAAUGUUCGUCCUCUAAAAAGAAAGUGGAAUUCUCUCUCAGUUAUACCAGUGCUCAAUUCCAGUAGCUACACUAAAGAGUGUGGAAAAAAAGAGAUGAGUCUUUCUGAUUAUCUGAAUAGAAGUGGAUCAUUUCCACUAGAACAACUUAAAAGCUUCCCCCAACUUUUACAGAACAUCCAUUGCUUAGAGCUGCCUUCUCAGAUGGGCUCAGUGCUAAACAACUCUCUGCUGCUUCACUAUAUUAACUGUGUCAGAGAUGAGCCAGUCUUGCUGAGGUUUUAUUACUGGUUGAGUCAAACAUUACAAGAAGAAUGUAUUUGGUACAAAGUGAAUAAUUAUGAACAUGGAAAAGAAUUUACCAACUUCCUGGAUACUAUCAUCAGGGCAGAGUGCUUCUUACAAGAAGGGUUUUAUUCCUGUGAAGCAUUCCUGUAUAAGAGCCUUCCUCUCUGGGAUGGCCUUUGUUGUCGGUCACAGUUCCUUCAGCUUGUGAGCUGGAUUCCUUUUAGUAGCUUCUCUGAGGUGAAACCACUUCUUUUUGACCAUCUAGCACAGCUCUUCUUUACAUCAACCAUUUAUUUCAAGUGUAGUGUUCUUCAGAGUCUGAAAGAGCUAUUGCAGAAUUGGCUGUUGUGGCUUUCUAUGGACAUUCACAUGAAACCUGUUACAAACAGUCCUCUAGAGACAACUUUGGGUGGAUCCAUGAACUCUGUGUCUAAACUGAUCCACUAUGUAGGGUGGUUAUCCACUACUGCAAUGCGCUUGGAGAGCAACAGUACUUUCUUGCUGCACUUUAUUUUGGAUUUCUAUGAGAAGGUGUGUGACAUAUAUAUAAAUUAUGACCUUCCGUUAGUGGUGUUGUUUCCUCCUGGGAUCUUCUAUUCUGCACUCCUCAGCCUGGAUACCAGCAUCCUGAACCAGCUGUGUUUUAUUAUGCACAGGGCCUCUGGAAAUUGGAAAUGUGGCUUGCUUUUGGACAUGACCUUCGAUAUGGGGCCAUGGUAUCGUAAAAAUUUGACUGCAGCAAAGAAAAAUGAGUUGGUACAAAAGACAAAAUCAGAGUUCAAUUUCAGCAGCAAGACUUAUCAAGAAUUUAAUCACUAUUUGACAUCAAUGGUUGGUUGCCUGUGGACGUCUAAACCCUUUGGGAAAGGAAUAUAUAUUGACCCUGAAAUCCUAGAAAAAACUGGAGUGACUGAAUAUAAAAACAGUUUAAAUGUAAUCCAUCAUCCUUCUUUCUUGAGUUACGCUGUUUCCUUUUUGCUGCAGGAAAGCCCAGAAGAAAGGACAGUAAACAUGAGCUCUAUUCAGGGAAAGAAAUGGAGCUGGUAUUUGGACUAUUUAUUUUCACAGGGGUUACAAGGCUUGAAACUUUUUAUAAGAAGUAGUGUUCAUCAUUCUUCCGUUCCCAGAGCAGAGGGCAUAAACUACAACAAUCAAUAUUAAAUGAAUGUUGACAUAAACUGAGCAUACUGGACAAAACUCCCUUCUCAUUGCUAGAGCAAAAUGACUCAUCUUGAGUUCCCAUUUUCAUUUCACUAACAGAUUGCCAUCCUCAAGGAGUACUCAGCCUGGCCUUCUGUUCAUGGCUUAGGAGAGCCUUGGUGUGGCUAACUGAUUUUUAAAGAUUUAGAUUUUUUUUAGCCUACCAGUGAAAAAUGGACCCCUUCAUCAUCAGGCCCUGCCUUCUACCAAAUUAUACAUGAAAAGACACAUCCAUUUUGUGGUAGGAUUUUUUCACAUUUUGGGGUACUAUGAGCUGCAUUGAUGGAAGACAGCAGGCAAUAUGUGGUGACAGUUAAUUCACAGGCAUAAACAUGCAAAAUACUUUGCUGCCUCUGGGGAUAUUGUCAUUUCUCUUACUAUGAACAACAGCACUAAGCACCAAGUUAACAGGAUGCGACAUGUAUGACUCUAAAAGCCCUAAGUAGUUGGUAACUUCCUGGGCCUUCAAUCAUAGCAAUUUGAUGAGGGAAGGAAGGGAAGAGGAUUUGUUGGGUAAUCAAGACAUUCCUGUAUAUGUCUGAUUUCAUUUAACUGCUCUAUUUUGUUUGUGUGUAUUGUAUAUGUGUAUGUGUGUGUCUGUAGCUUCAGUUUUUAAGUGGUAAGGACUAAAUAAACUAACUGAAAUUUUACUUU